AUGACUGAUGCUACGAUAAACGAGACGGAGGUGGUGACUAGGAGGGCACCAAUUAAUCCGUUUGAAAGAUUGCGCUCUAAAAAGGGUAGGGCAGUUAAUGAUCCAAAGUUGAAGAAUAAUCCGCUAUACGGACGUUUGAUUGUCUGCUCUGUGACCACUGCGGCCAUAAUUUUUGUUUUCCUGGCUGAACUGGUAUUCAAUAAGGUGACCUUUAACGGCCGCUGCAUUUCCAAGGUUUUAUACCCACGACCUUUAAAUGGAAAAGUAAAACCACCAUAUCUAGUGGAGCUCGGCUAUGGAGCAUGCGAAUAUAAUUUGCAGACAAGGGCCGCAGAUAGAGUAUUUUUUGGUACCGACGCAUCAGAUAAAGGAUGGCCAAUUGAACCCAGUGGAGCAUCUAAGGCGGCCUGGGACUCACCAAACUUUCGCAUUUUCGAAAGUGUAGGUGGACUCAGCGCAAAUUUGAUACGAAACUAUGGAGAGUGGUUUAGACUUGUAUGGAGCAUGUUUUUACAUGGUGGAUGGAUGCAUAUUGCCUUUAAUGUUUGUUCUCAGGUGCAGAUUUUAUGGAUUGUUGAACCGGACUGGGGAUUUUGGAGAACCUUUAUACUCUUUUUCAUUAGUGGAAUAGGUGGUAAUUUAAUGUCUGCUGUCUUAGAUCCAUGUGGAGUUACUGUGGGAUCUUCUGGUGCUCUUUAUGGACUAUAUGGCGCUCUUAUUCCAUAUUGUAUAGAAUAUUGGAACACAUUACCGCAUCCAAUCUUCAUAAUUAUCUUUCUCAUUGUGUCGAUAUUCGUUGGUUUAUUGACGGGGCUCUCAGGGUAUAUUGACAAUUAUGCACAUUUGGGUGGGUGCAUGUUUGGGCUUCUUUGGGGAUUUACCACGAUUAGAAGUGUUUCCAUAUUUGACCGAUGUGCCAUUUACGAAAAGUGCCUCUUAUCACCUGUUUUUUCAUGGAUGCUCACCAAAAAGUACAAGGCGAAACUUGAGCUUUCCAUUGUCCUGAAAAAGAAGCAUCUAUGUCGGCGAAGGGAGGAACUGGAGGCUCGCAAAAAGGCUGUAAAGAAUGGACUCACUGCCAAGUAUAUUGCAAAGAUUAAAAAGAGUCUGGACUCUGAAGGAUCCCCUCCGUUUAAAAUGAGACUUCGGGAAUGGGUUGUACGAUGCACUUGUGGAAUCGUAAUGGUUUUAAUAUUAAUCAUCUUAUCAACGCUCCUAUUCAACUCUCGUUUGUAUUCAAAAUUCCGUCCUUGGGGUCAGUUGAAGCUUCGCGGUUGGCAUUCUUGUCACUGCUGUUUUGUCAAGAAGCUCAAGAUUUUUGCAAACGCUGACACCGCCAAGGACAUUUUUUGGUGUUGGAACGACAAGAGGGACGCGCAAGAGUAUUGUAGAGACACUGAUAAAGGCGUAGGUCUGAUUGAAUCAUCGGCAAAUGUCGCGCUAAACCUCGUAGAAGACCUGGGAAAUGCAUUUGCAUGA